GCCAGCCAACUCGGAGCUGACCGCCAAGCGCACUAGAUCGCCGGUCCAGGCGUUUGCUGAGGGAGACCCGGGAGUUUCGAACGAAAUAUCAGCAAUGGAAAAGAAGUUACUGGUGAUUGAUGUGGAUGCUGGAGUGGAUGAUGCUGUUGCCUUAAUGAUGGCUCUGGAAGCACCCAAUGUGGAAGUUCUGGGGAUCACUUGCUGUUUUGGGAAUACUUCAGUAGAAAACGUGUGUAAAAAUGUCCUUCGGGUGUUACAGAAGUGUAACAGCUUACAGAUUCCAGUUUAUCAAGGUGCUUCUUCCCCAUUCCUUAAUAAUAUGAAAAGUGAUAGUUAUUUUGGAAAAGAUGGCUUGGGCGAUAUUCCUGACCCAGAUGCUCCAGGACUGGACAAAAUCCAAGAAGAACAUGCAGUGCCUGCAAUGAUCAGAAUGAUUAGUCAACUACCUGGCCAGGUAACUCUGGUAGCCACUGCCCCUUUGACCAAUCUAGCUCUGGCUGUGAAAAUAGACCCAAGCUUUCCAAAGAAAAUUAAAAAUCUGUUCAUAAUGGGAGGAAAUAUGAAUUCUAGAGGGAAUACGGAUGUAUGUUCAGAAUUCAAUUUUGCAGCAGAUCCAGAAGCAGCUUACAUUGUCUUAAAUGAGUACAUCUGCCCUACUUACAUUGCGACUUGGGAAUUUGUAUGCAUGUAUACAUUGCCUUGGGAAUUUUAUGAGCAAUGGACUUCACAAAAUAGUAAAAAAGCUAGAUUUUUGAAAGAAAUCAAUGCUUAUACUGUGACCUAUUUGAAGAAACGUGUACAGAAGUCCACAACACUGUUCUGGACACCAGGCUAUGUGCCUUCUGAUUGCUUUGCCAUAGCAGCUGCCAUUGAUGAGGACUUUAUCACUAAAGCAAUAGAUUGUGCUGUAACUGUGGAACUGGGAGGCUUCCACGCCCGAGGAAUGAUGGUUUUGGAUAUUAAUGAUAAGCUUCCGAAGAAAAACAAAGUUUCAAUCAUGAUGGAAUGCAAUGCAGAAAAAUUCAAGGCACUUCUGAUAGACAGUUUGAAAUAAGUUCUAUCUUUAAUGAAAGAUAAUGAUGAACAUCACAAGAUCUAUUUGUUGUAAUUCUGGCUAUAUACCUCUAAAA